CAAGGCGCGGCGGCACGAGAUCGGCCCGAUCGAAUCGCGCGGCGAGUUGCGGGCGAGUGUCCAACUUUCACUGACAACUCGUUAGGCUCGCCGCUGGCCGUGGUUUCGAAUCAUUCACAGUCAUUCCACGACGUCGGCAGGCCGCGGCAGCGUCGGCGAAUUCGCCCGUCGUAGACGUACAAAACGUCAGACUCGCGCGCGCGCGACGUUCCACACGAUUCAACGCGAACCGCACCGCGAAUCGGUGGCCCCGAUCGUCUCCAUUAAAACCUCGUGCAACUAUUAUCAGCUUUGUGCGACCGUGUGUCUCCGUGAUUGUGACAGUGAUCUCCGUCUUGCCGAGCGAUCGACGGUGUUCGCCAUAGCAAGUGAGAAAUAUAGAUUAACGCGCGCCGAUUUUUCUUUCUUUCUUUAUCGAGAAAGAAGAAAUAUCCGAUUUUAUUUUUAUUCUUGAGAAAAAGCCGAAAGAAGACGAAUUUCUGAUAUUAUCGUGUGCACGGGCUGUUCCACGCAUUCCUCGAAAGUAAAAGGAAGCUGCUCUGCUCGUUCGGAGUAGGCCGAAGAAAGUGGAAGCGAACGGAAAGCGAGAGUACUGCCAGGCGGCUGUAACAUCUUCCCAUCGGAAAGCGGCGAGUCUGUUUGGUCUCUGCGAGUGCAGUGCACCUUCGAUGCUUCUCACGAGUAUAAAGCCGGCGGCGCAAGUCGAGAAUUAAAGUUCAAAAGCCAGAUCCAGUCCCCGCGUGCCGAUCCGGUCUUGGAAUCGGCCAGGAGGCCCGCAGUGAAUCGAGGAUCUUCGAUCGGAGCAGACACGAGAGAGAGGAGGCGCGGGCAAGUGUCGCGCGAGUCUUGGUCACACCGGCCGGAGGCUGCCAAGGACGCUAGUAUGGUCAUGGACACGAGCACGGUCCGUCUGGUGAUAUUCCUAGGGAUGUUCCUGGUGUUCGCCACGGAUUACAACUAUCUGGUCUCGACGAUAUUCGGCAGGCCCGCCGAGCAGAAUCUCACCGAGCCGGCGAAGGGCCCGGUCGGGCCGCCGAUCAAGUCGCCUCUUCCCAACGUAGUCCCCAAAAAGGACAACGGAAAGGAGACCGCAUUGUCGCGACGCGCCCGAAUGAUGGCGACGAUCAAGACCGCUUGUCUGCCGAAACUGAUAUGCGAGCUGACCUCUUCCGUUCAUCAGGAUCAGCUGAGCGAGAUGGAGAGGUCAUUGCUGAACUUGAUCAGGGACACAAGCUUGAGCACGCUGGCGGAAGUGCCCUCGAGAUACCAUUUCGCGGCUCACAUGGGUCAAUUGAUAUCCGGUCUGGAAGGUCAGGGAUGCCACAAUUUCUUCCCGUCGUGUCCUCUGCCUGGCUCCAGCGUUCUCAACAUGAUGAAGAAGAUCCGGCUGCGUUGAACCGGCGGGCUCCCGGAAGCUGUCUUUGCAGAACCCACGAAAAGAAAAAGACGACAAUGAAGCCUGUGAUAUCGAGGAUCGUUUAUCUCGUCGAAGGUCUCGGCAACCAGUUAAUUCCGUUUUCGAAGAUUCCUAAGUCGAAACGCUGUCGUCGGAUCUCGACCGAAUCGUCUUCUAAACUCUCGCGCGCCGUUCGGACCGUACGUGGAUAUCCGUAUGCCGAGAUUACGAAUGUCUUUCCAGAAAAAACGUUGGUGCAGCAUUCGAAGGUGUUUUGUGAACGAAAUGCAAUAAAACAUGACGGAAAGGAAAAAAUCACACUUGCCGGCAGCUAAAAGCGCGAUGUAUCGGUAAUGUCUCCCUUAUUGACGCUCAGAUUGUCUACUAAAUUGGAUAAUUUGGGAAGAGGAGAUGCGAUUGUUUG